CAUUAUACAAGAUCUAAAUGCAUAUUGUGAAAAACUUUUUUCAAAAUAGUGUUUUUUCUAUCAUCAAUUAUGACUAUAACCGAUUUUUUUUUGAAUAAUUCAAAUAUUGACUCGAAAUCAAAUUUGAACGCAUCCAAAUAUACGGAAAAAUCAGAUCAUUUUAUUAGAUUAUACUUAGUUGUUAUUUGCUGUAUAUUUUUCUUCUCAUGGUACGUCAAAUGGUUGUGGAAUAGAAGGUAUCUUUAUAUUCAUUCCAGAAAUGUACCAGGACCCUUCGGGUUACCAUUUAUAGGAUGUGUUUAUCUACUUUUCUUACAUGAAAAAGACGAUAUAAUGAAAGCUAUUACCGAUUUACAAAAAAUAUAUCCUGAUAUAGGUGCUUUAUGGUUCGGUACAAGGCUUUAUUACGCGGUGUCUAAACCAGAACAUAUUGAAAAGAUUUUAACGAAUUCCAAAGCUUUGGACAAAGAUUUUCUUUACAAGUUUAUGACAUUAGCAAUUGGUAAAGGUUUAUUGACAGCUAAAGUACAAAAAUGGAGAAAACACAGAAAAAUUAUCAGGCAAGCUUUCAAUCAAAGAAUUCUUAAUUUUUACCAAGCAGUUUUUUUGGAAAAAGGGGAAAUUUUUGCCAAACAAUUGCAAAAAAAUGUCGGAAACAAAGACUUGGACUUUUUUGAUAUGAUUUCCAAAUGCACCUUGGACAUUAUAUGCGAAACAGCAAUGGGAUUAAACAUGAAUACACAAACUCAGGAUUCAGAUGUAUGUUAUAAUAUAAACAAAAUGUUUGAAAUAAUAAAUUAUAGGAUGUUCAACCCAUGGUACCAUUUAGAAUUUAUAUGGAAAUUGAAUCCAUUAAGCAAACAGUACGACAAAGCUGUAAAAAUAUUUAAAAAUUUCACAUCGACAGUAAUUAAUAAAAAACAGGAAGCGUAUAAUAACAAACAGAAUUUGAAAGAUUCGAUACCUAUCUCUGGAAUUGAAGAAACUAUAAAAGGAAAAAUAGCAUUUCUGGAUCUUAUAUUGGAAAAUACGAAUUUUACUGAAAAAGAACUUCAAGAAGAAGUAGAACUUUUCUUAUUGGCGGGAACAGACACAACUGCAACAGCGCUUAGUUGUAUUUUCACGUUAUUAGGCAUGUUCCAAGAUGUACAGCAAAACGUUUUGGAAGAAAUCCUGGCGAUUCUAGGACCCGAUAGACCAGUAUCUCCAUCAGAUUUAUCCGAAUUGAAAUACACUGAAAGAGUUAUCAAGGAAAGUUUGCGAUUAUUUCCGGUAGCAGCUUUGUUUGGUAGAAAUAUAACUGAGGAUAUUGAUGCAGGUGAUAUAGUUUUCCCUGCGGGUAGUUCUGUUUUUUUUUGUACGUUACAUAUACAAAGGAAUCCAAAAUAUUGGCCGGAUCCACUUAAAUUCGAUCCUGAUAGGUUUCUACCAGAAAAUGUAGCUAAACGACAUCCUUGCACAUAUAUACCUUUCUCUUAUGGUCCUAGAAACUGUAUAGGUGCACAGUAUGCUAUGAUUAAUAUGAAAACUAUUUUGGCGACUAUUUUGAGAAGGUUUAGGAUUUAUACAAGCUAUAAAACCAUUGAAGAAAUCGAAUUGAAAAUCAAUUUGUUACUAAGAAUGAAGGAAGGAUCUAAAGUUUGGGUGGAAGCACGUUAAAACUGAUAUAUCUUGAUGUAAACUCCGUGGAAAUUAUAUGAAAAUAAAUCACUCAACUCAA